AUGGAUGAACCUGAAAGUAGUAGGCACAAAGAGGUCAACAGUGAAAUUGAUGAUCAAUUUGCUUCGGAUGGCAAGGAUGAUGUUGUCGAUGUAAAAGAAGAAGGGUUAGCUUCCCAAACCUACGAUAGUUUACAAAUGCUUACUAAGGUAGUUGAUACAACUUAUCGUAGAAAUGCAUAUAAGAAGCCAUUUGUAAUUCUAGCUGGCGUAAGUAACCAUUUUUUGACAACCAUAUUCGGAUGUGCUUUGUUGCCUGAUGAGACAAUAGUGACAUUCACGUGGGUAAUGUUAAUGGAGGCCAUGGAUGGUAAAAGACCCAUCUCCGUUGUAAUAGAUAGUGAUAGGGCAACGCGUCAGGUAGUUGAUGCAACUUAUCGUAGAAAUGCAUAUAAGAAGCCAUUUGUAAUUCUAGCUGGCGUGAGUAACCAUUUUUUUACGACCAUAUUCGGAUGUGCUUUGUUGCCUGAUGAGACAAUAGUGACAUUCACGUGGGUAAUGUUAAUGGAGGCCAUGGAUGGUAAAAGACCUAUCUCUGUUGUAACAGAUGGUGAUAGGGCAAUGCGUCAGUUGAUGUUAAUGAAAUGUAAAAUUGAUGAGUUUGACAAUGCCUGGGUUGGUAUGGUGAAACAAUACAAGUUGGAAAACAAUAAUUGGGUGUUGGAGAUUUAUCGCAAGUGUGAUAAGUGGGCUGAGGCAUAUCUCCGUGGUCACAUAUUUGUUGGGAUGAGAAGCACUCAACGUGUCGAGGGUAUGAAUGCAUAUUUCAAUAUGUUCCUAGAACAAAAGGUUGGGCUGUACAAAUUUGUAGCACAAUAUGAUAGGGCUCUUGCUAGGAUGCGUGUUAAUGAUUUAGAAACAAAAUCUAAAACAGAGAAUAGUUUCUUGGCUUUGACUACGCCAUUGAGAAGUUUGGAGAAACAUGCAGCUGAACUCUUUACUCGAAAGAUUUUCUUAUUGUUUCGACAUGAAAUCAGGAAAGAGGGUAAAUUGUUUGUGAUGGAAAGAGUCGAGCAUUUGUCAACUGUGUUACAACUAAAUUGA